GUCCUUCCCCACUGCGACGACAUCGCGUUUGAACGAGGAAUAACGAGAUGCCUGCUCGACAGAGCGAGACGCUCCGGAUAAUCGAAGGAGAGCUCGUUUCUGGUGCAUCGAGGAUGACAUUAUUGUUACUUUAACGUGGACGCGAUGGUCGACGGUGGUGAGAGCGUAGCCGUUUGCACGAGUGGAACAAGAGGCGACGAAAGCUCCAGGGUCGCUGCAAACCAAGGCAUUCCCUGUACCCCAGCUGGCGGGAAAAACCUCGAGCCACGCGGCGUUGCAGCCACCACCAAGAGGCCCGCGGAUCCGUCGGCCGCGGUCUUGCUGAAGGCGCUGCGUCGAGGAGAAGGGGGCAACAAGAGCGCCAGCGCUGGCUUCUCCAAGUCGCGCUACGUCCAGGGUGUCAGGCAACUGUCCAGGUGGCGGCUACUCAUCGGGCAGAAACGCGACGCCAGCAUCAAGCUCGACCAGCAGCUCGACAUCGAGCGAAGGGCCUUCCUCGAGAUCAAGUUCGAGCUCAUGCACCGGCUGCUCGCCGCACUGAGACGAAUGAUGGAGCCGAAGGAGCCGAAGCGUCGUCCCCUGGUGCGCCGAUCGGUACCCACUGGCGUCAGGCGAAAAACAAAGCGUGGCAGGAAGAAAGCUGGGACACCGGGGGUCAAGAAGGACGUCGAGUCGGUGAGCGCGCGAGAGGCGCAUCUCAAGUUUUUCGAGAAAGUUUGCAGAGCCAAGAAGGUCGAAGACAGCGGCGACGAGAAUGAGGAGGAGGACCAGCUGGGUGCAGCUCACCACGCGAAGAGCAUGUCGAUGCUGGAGGCGGCAGAGGUGGAGCUGCGGCUCACGAGCGAGCUGAGCGAGCGCAGGGACGAGCUCUCCCGGCGCUACGGCCAAACGCGGCUCGAGGUCUACCACUGGGAGGAGACGUGGCGCACGGUACGCGCCUGUCACCGCUUCGUCCUUUGGGUUGCGCCUCCGACCGUGGAUGAACCGGACGACCAAGAGGAUCACCACCGAGUAGAUGAGGAGGAGGAGGAGGAUUCGCCGGUGAGGGACUUGGCGGCGACCAGCGACUACGAGCACAACUCGUCCCUGCAAUCGCUCAUAGUGGCCUUCGAGGAGGAGGCCAACGCGUUGCCCAGCAGCUUGGCAAAGACCCCGAGCGAUCUGGGUCUGGUCGAGCCCGGGGACCUUUUGCGCACCUUCCGCGCCAUCGAGGUGCAGAACCUCAAUGCCCUGGUGCAACUGGAGUCGCUCGGCGGGCCGAUGGCCGAGAUGAUGUCGCGGAUCGACGAGGCCGAGGGGCGCGUCAGGCGCGAGAUCAACGACGUGCUCGAGGAGAUCGGCCGACUCGAGUCGUCCAUAGUGCUCGAGGAGCGCCGUGGCCGAGUUCUGGAGCGCCGGUGCUCGCGGCUGGUCCAGCAGGGCUUCCGGGCGCUCGUCUGCUCGGAGGAUGUGUUGCGCGCGCGCAUCCUCGUCGAGGACGCCUACGAAAGCUGCAUUGGGCCGAACGUCGCCGGGGUCGAGCCGCUGGCCAUGGCCAGGGCCCUCGAGAACACCUACGAGCGCCUGAGCGCCGAACUCGACCUUUUGCCCCAGCAUUUGGUGGUCACUUGCGAGCGGGAAGGCUUCCUCAGGGAGCUCAAGGAGACCCGCGAGGCCGAGGAUGCGGCUAGAAAGUUCGAGCUCAUGCACCGGCUGCUCGCCGCACUGAGACGAAUGAUGGAGCCGAAGGAGCCGAAGCGUCGUCCCCUGGUGCGCCGAUCGGUACCCACUGGCGUCAGGCGAAAAACAAAGCGUGGCAGGAAGAAAGCUGGGACACCGGGGGUCAAGAAGGACGUCGAGUCGGUGAGCGCGCGAGAGGCGCAUCUCAAGUUUUUCGAGAAAGUUUGCAGAGCCAAGAAGGUCGAAGACAGCGGCGACGAGAAUGAGGAGGAGGACCAGCUGGGUGCAGCUCACGUCGAUGCAUAAAAAUUGUGAAUGUCGAUCGAUGGUUCAUUUAAUCUCACUUGUUUAUUGCGUACGUAAAGUGUGGGUGUAUACAGUAUUGCAUUUCAUACACCUAUAUUUACGGAGGUUCUUUUGAGACGUUUUUAAUAAUGCAUCAUCUGCAGUAUGCUCAAUGGAGAUUUUGCCGGUGUUACCUGAAGAGAUCAUCUGAUACGAUGUAUAUGCCCACUCGAUUCCAUUUUAAAAAAUUGAUUCGUUUUUUUAUUUUUUGUUUCCUACGAGCUAAAAUUAUACAAGGUACGUACAAUAACGUUUCUGCGUGAACGGUAUAACUUUAUCGCGAUGAAGUACCGUCGUAACUUGGGGAGUAAAAACUUGUAUCAAAAAGUAUCCAGGGCGAUCUGAAAAACUAUCGAGCAUGAAUUUUUCAACUAUGUGGGAUUCAUAAUUUUUCAAAGAAAUACUUAUGAACAACAAAAAACUCAUAAAAUUUUAUUGUAUUUCAUCUCGGUGUUUUAGAAAAUAGCUCGAGAGCCCCAUUAAAGAAGUUGAACGAUCGCCAAUAGCAUGUUAAAAAAUUAUUCUCUUGAAAGGCCAUCCGAUUAAGAGGCGAUAUUGAAUGAAUAACGUUUGUGCAGGUACAAAACCAUAAAUUUACAUUGAAAUAUAGCUAU